AGGGUCUCCCAGGGCCUCCCUGAACCCUCAAUUCUGACCUGACCCUGGACUUGGCAAGCAGAGCCAUUUCAGUGGGAGAUUCUGUCCCUUGGAUUUCCCUGCUUCUCUUGAGCUCCUCUGGAGACACUUAGGACUCUCUCCUUUACUAGGGCAGCACCUGCAGGAGCUGGGUCUCACCUGUUGCUGUGCACCUGCCUGUGCUGGGGACACAGUCAACGUGAGCCUUCCGGCAGUCUUCUUCACUACCUUGGCCAGGUUAAUAAACUGUCUACCAUGGUGUAUGUUCCCAUCUCCAGAGUGUGAACCCUCAAAGCCCUCGAGGAUCAAAUGAGAUGAUUCAGAUAACAGUGCUGCAUGCUCAGUAAGUCAUUUGCAUAAAUCAGCUGUCAUUGUGGUUAACUCCAGAUUUAAGCAGCGGAAGGCUCUUGCACUUUUGCUUUCUAGCUCGGUGGCACCCUUGGCAGAUGGUACCCGGGGUCGUAGCUGGUGAUUCUUAACCAACCCUCGCUGUCUUCACUCUCCUUCCUGCCCCUGGGGUUUCCUUCUCCAUCAUGUUCUGCUCUGAAUGCACCGACAGCCACCCACUCCUCCAACAAACAGUUUCACCAAGCAGCAAGACACUCGGACAUCAGGGGGCUGCUGACUGACUGACAUCUUACAGGAGCUACGGUCUUUGUGUCAGGUCACAACUGUGACCCUUAUAAUGCUGCUGCUGUUUGCACUCUCUGUCACUUUGAUAACGAACACAGUGAAAACAAGGCUCUUCUUUAAAGCCUAAAAACACUGGUCAAGGAUUUGAAAAAGGACUAUUUCUGUCCCACCCUCCUUUUAUACAUAAUGACAGCAUGAUCGUGAGUCAGAUGGUGAGGUUCCAAGAGAGCUUCUGGCAGAGCUGACAUGAUACCAGGCGUUUUUGUGAAGCCAGAUCAUAUGAAAAUUGAGAACCGAAGCUGGUGAAGCUUUGUUCAGCUUUUAAGGAAUUGUCUAGGAGGGAGAGCAGACACUUUGACAUUGACUUUAAAGGAGACAUAAAUGUUAGCACCAACUCUGGUGCGCAGGCUCGCGCCUCUGUUUCCUUUCCUCUACUGAGUCUUUGUAUUUCUCUCAUCGUUUUACAUUUUGUUCCAUGUUCAAGUUGUAGGUGUGAACUGGUUAAGUAGCUGAACCUCUUGUUUUAAGCGUGAUGAUCCAGUCUUUCCUGGUUAGAAAUAGGUGUCCAGAUAAAUGACGAGUCAGUACUUGGAGGGACAGUGCACUGUCUCAAGGUCAACCAUAGGAGGCAAGCCCAGUAGCUCAGUACCCUGCAGCAGGAAUAUGGUCUGUGAGCUGGACAUGAUUUCCACGAGGGUCAUGGACAUCAAGCUUCGGGAGUCUGCAGAAGGCCUCGGGGAGGACAGCACAGGAAAGAAGAAAUCUAAAUUCAAAACCUUCAAGAAGUUCUUUGGGAAGAAGAAGAGAAAGGAAUCGCCUUCAUCCACGGGGAACAGCACCUGGAAGCAGAACCCGGCCAAGAGCGAGGUCAUUGCCAUCGAGUCCGGGCCAGUGGGCUAUGACUCCGAGGAUGAACUUGAGGAGUCCAGGGGCACGCUGGGCAGCCGGGCCCUCUCGCACGACAGUAUUUUUAUUCCUGAGUUGGGACAAGACCCUGCUCGGCCGGUGCGGGUAUUUUCCCAAGAAAAUGUGUGCGACCGGAUUAAAGCCCUCCAGUUAAAAAUACAAUGUCAUGUGAAAAUGGGGCCGCCUCCUCCAGGGGGGCUUCCUGCCAAGCGGGCAGAGGAUACCGGCAUGAGCUCCGAGGACGAUGGGCUGCCCCGGAGCCCCCCUGAGAUGUCCCUGCUGCACGACGUGGGUCCGGGCAUGACCAUAAAGGUCUCUUUAGUGUCCUCGUCCCGGCCACAGUCUCCAGAGCCCACCAGCGAUGCCACCAACUCCUCCCGGACCUCGGAGAGCAGCCUGGCGCCCGUGGCUGAUUUCAGCUGCCCCCCAGAACUCUCCUCCUGCCUGGACAACUCUGCAGCCAGGCACAAGCUCCUGGUCAAGCCCCGCAACCAGCGGUCCAGCAAAAUGAGGCGGCUGUCUUCGCGGGCCCAGUCUGAAUCCCUGUGCGAUCUAAUAGGCACCCCAGAAGAGGAAGAAUAUGAUGAGAAGCUUUGGCCUCAAGUCAGCACAGAAGAGAACCCCAGCUCUGGACAAUAUGAUCUGAUGCUGCGUAGAGACCCUGAGCCUCGGGGACUGGUCACCUUGCUGCCACCUGGGGGACCCCGUGCCAGACGUGCCCGUCUACAGCACUGCCCAGCGCUCAGUGCUAGCGUUGAGGAUGGGCUGUCCCCUGGGGAUGGUGUCUCAAACUCCCUAGUGAUCCCGGAAGUCAUUGAGCCUGUGGCAGUCUCAGCCCCAUGCUUGGAGUCCCCAUCUCUGCCAGAAAGCUCCCUGCAUCCUAGUUCUGACCAUGAAAUCCAGCGCAGUGAAAUCCAGAAGAGGGGCAAAAUCCAGGACAGUGAAAUCCAGAAGAUGGGGAAAAUCCAGGACAGUGAAAUCCAGAAGGACAGUGAGAUCCAGAAGAGUGGUGAAAUCCAGAAAGAUAGUGAAAUCCAGAAGGGGGGCGAAAUCCAGAAGAUGGGGGAAGUCCAGAAGGACAGUGAAAUCCAGAAGGACAGUGAGAUCCAGAAGAGGGGUGACAUCCAGAAGGACAGUGAAAUCCAGAAGAGGGGUGACAUCCAGGAGGACAGUGAAAUCCAGAAGAGGGGUGACAUCCAGGAGGACAGUGAAAUCCAGAAGGGGGGUGACAUCCAGGAGGACAGUGAAAUCCAGAAGAGGGGUGACAUCCAAGAGGACAGUGAAAUCCAGAAGAGGGGUGAAAUUCAGAAGGACAGUGAAAUACAGUUCAGGGACGAAAUCCAGGAGGACAGCGAAAUCCAGAAACUACCCACAGAAAAGAGUCUGCCAGCAGGUCCCGGAGCUGACGGGCAGCCCACGCCACCCUGGAUCACCAUGGCCCGGCAGAAGCGGCGAGGGCCCCCAGACCAGCCCCUCAACCAGGAAGACAAGCCUGGGGUGCCGAUCCUGAAACCAGAAACAGGAAAGCAGACCAAGGCAUCCGACAGAGCCCAGGAGCCCGUGAAGCAAGCCGACUUUGUCCGCAGCAAGUCUUUCCUGGUGACCCCUGCUAAGCCCACUGUGACCCAGAGGCAGGGGGCAAAGCUCAGUCUCAAGGAAGGUCUGCAACGAGGAAUCUCGCUGUCCCAUCAGAACCUGGCGGCUCAGUCUGCGGUGAUGACGGAGAAGGAGUUGCAUCAGCUGAAGAGAGCCAGUUAUGCUAGUGCAGAUCAGCCUUCCUGGAUGGAACUUGCCAGAAAGAAAUCUCAAGCAUGGAGCGACAUGCCCCAAAUCAUAAAAUAGAUCAGUGGCGUGCCGAUGGCAAACGUCCACUAUCUUGACAGGCCACUUAGUUUAAAACUGCCGAUAAAUUGUGGCCAACAGACUGUGAAACUCUAGAUUGAUUUUAUCACCACGUCGUGACCAACCCCUUGGAAGGGGAAGAAGCCAGGCUCAACAAAGAGGACAGCCAUAAUCCCGGGCUGGAGGGGCCCCCAACAAGAGCAACAUGGAAGAAGUCCAGGAACCAGCUCCUGUGCCCAGAGGUAUGAAUGCGAGCCUUUUAGAACUCCCUUGGUAAAGAGGCCUCAGACACGGCAAGCCCAGGACAGAAGCCAUCCCAGGAGCCGGUGUGACACCUCCCCUGAGACCAGCCGUGUCUCCCGCCACCGUCUCACCUGUGGACUGUCUCCUUCUGUGUCACCACCAGGCAUGACAUGUAUGGUAAAACAGGGACACCAUUUCCAAGAGCAGCUAUAAGACAACCUGAUUUUGUGAAGACAGCCCGUCUGAGAAGGAGAGAAAGGGACAUAGCAGGGUUCGCGAUUCAUAGACUGUUUCCAAAAAGUGAAUUUUUAAACUUUUCCACUAGGCAUCUGUGUCCUUGACCGUUGCACAAUUCAUUGCCUGUUUAAUAAAAGGUCUCAAAGACGCCC